AGACAGAGUCAGCUGACUGCUGUGUCUGUGGAUCUGCGCUCCAGCACACAAGCGGAUUUGUGUGCAUUUAAGAGGUUUCUCUCAGUUUCUGGGUUUGGAACUGGAUUUUCGAGAUGAGUUGGAAUAACGCAGGCUAUUGUCCUCAGCCAAUGGCAGGAGGACAGUAUCCUCAGUAUCCACCAGGCACUGUCCCAACCCAGCCCUACCCUCCUCAGCCUUGGGGUGCACCCACUCAGCCAUUUGGUCCAGGCCCUCAGCCUUGGGGUGCACCCACUCAGCCAUUUGGUCCAGGCCCUCAGCCCUGGGGUCCACCUGGGAACGGUACUGUAGCCCCACCCUAUGGAGGGUAUGGACCUGGCCACGGUCAAUGGUACAACCAUCCCGGGCAUCAUCAUGGACAUCCCGGGCAUGGACAUCCUGGUCAUCAUCAUGGACACCCUGGACACCAUCAUGGACACCCUGGACACCAUCAUGGACACCCUGGGCAUCAUCAUCCCGGGCAUCAUCAUCCCGGUUUUGUUCCAGGCCGCAGACACAAACACAAGCAUGGUCACAUGCACGGCCGUUGCCACAAGAGAGGAAAACCCGGUCACGGGUACUCCAGCAGCUCCUGCAGCAGCGACUCGGACUAGACCAGGGGGACAGAAACCAGACGAGCUGCCCCCGGGAUCCCUCACCCUGCUACCUUACAGGACAUUAUAAUAAACUGUGUGUUGGAUUGCAAAGACACGGGAUUAUAGACACGUUUUUUUUAAAAACCCUGUUAAAGUAAGGAUCAGCUGUUACAUAUUAUGAAGUAUUUG